AUGGCGGUGGGUGGCGUGCUUGGGUCGUUCCUAUCCGGUCCAGCGACACACAACCUGGGAGUGCGUGGCGUGUUCUGCUUUGCGGCGAUUGGACCGCUUACGAUUCUGAUCUUCUCUACACUCAUGCAUGAAGCGAAGACAACAGUGAGCAAGCGCCACUGGAAAACCUCAGCUAAGAGACAGUUGCGGCAACUAAAGGGGGCAAUUGGCACACCCGUGAUUUGGAUGUGUGCGCUCUGGGUGUUCCUGUCCGGUGCUAUCAGUCCUGGGUACUCACAAGUCUUCUUUUACUUCUCGACGGACGUGUUGCAGUUUACGCCCGAGUUUUUGGGGACAGUAUCGGCUUUUGGGUUUAUUUUCCUCAUGGUGGGUACCAUGCUGUACAACGCGUGCUUCAAGGACAUGUCAUUCCGUCGCAUCUUCUUCAUCGCUCAGCUCAGUUUGGCUGUUGUGUCGCUGCUGGACGUCGUAUUGGUCACGCGUAAUAACCUGGACGUGGGUAUCCCGGACAAGGCGUUUGUUCUGGGCGAUGCAGUGAUUGCAGACGUCAUCAGCCGCCUCAAGACGAUGCCAGUGAUGGUUCUCUGUGCCAAGCUCUGCCCUAAGGGUAUUGAAGGCACGCUGUUCGCACUAUUGAUGUCCAUUUCCAACUUUUCUCGCAGUGUGAGCGAAUUUUGGGGAGCUCUCGUGUGUACUUGGUUAGGCAUCGCCAAGGACGAGUACGACAUGUUGUGGCUCGCUAUCAUUCUUCGCAGCGUGCUCAAGGUGGUUCCCAUCUUCUUCCUCUUCCUCAUCCCAGCGACGGAUCCUCAGGAAAUUGUGGACGAACUGGACUUCAGCUCCCCUGCCCAUGGUGAUGCAGGUAAAGAUGAAGCGGGUGAUGACGAUCACGCUGGUACGAUUCGUGAAGACCACACAGUCAAUGACUGCUCGCCAACUGAAGAGGAAGAGCUGAAAGGCACGGUAAAUGCUGUUGUUUGA